AUGGGAGAUAUCAAUACACUGGCACUGAUCAACUGUGAUCCUUAUCAUCAACCUCUACAAACCAUUCACCCACCAUUAAUCUCCUCCUACAACCAUGAAAUACGCCCACUCCUCGACGCCAUUGACAAACUCCGUCACCUUAACGUUAUGAGUGAAGGCGUACAGCUUCCCACCAUUGUUGUAGUAGGUGAUCAAUCCUCUGGCAAAUCAAGUGUACUUGAAUCCCUUGCUGGUAUUAACCUUCCGAGAGGUCAAGGGAUUUGCACUCGCGUACCCUUAAUCAUGCGCCUUCAAAACCAUCCUACUCCUUCUCCAACACCCAUCCUUUCUCUUCAAUAUCUCGACACAACAUUAGAAACGGAUGAAACCCAUGUAGCACAAUCCAUUGAAUCUGCUACUAUGGAGAUUGCCGGGUCGGGUAAGGGAAUCUCACAUACCCCAUUAACUCUAAUAGUGAAAAAACAUGGAGUGCCUGAUCUUACCAUGGUUGAUCUUCCUGGUAUUACCCGGGUGCCCGUUCUUGGGCAGCCGGAUAAUAUAUAUGAACAAAUCCAGGAUAUAAUUAUGGAGUAUAUUACUCCUUCAGAGAGUAUCAUUCUGAAUGUGCUCUCUGCUACUGUUGAUUUUUCUACUUGUGAAUCGAUUCGGAUGUCCCAGAAGGUGGAUAAAACUGGGGAGAGGACUUUGGCUGUUGUUACUAAAGCUGAUAAGGCUCCUGAAGGGCUUUUAGAGAAGGUUACAGCUGAUGAUGUGAGGAUUGGUUUGGGUUAUGUUUGUGUUAGGAAUAGGAUUGGGGAUGAAACUUAUGAAGAAGCUAGAGCACAAGAAUCUGAUUUAUUUGCAUCAAAUCCUUUACUUUCUAAGAUUGAUAAGUCCAUUGUUGGUGUUUCUGUUCUUGCAGAGAAACUUACAAGGAUUCAGGCUGGUAGUAUAGCUAGAUGUUUACCUGGGAUUGUUAAUCAGAUAAAUGAUAAGCUGAGUUCUAGUAUGUCAGAGCUGAAUAAACUUCCUAAUCCCGUUUCUUCCGGUGCUGAAGCAAUUACAGCAUUUAUGACCAUUUUAGGGUCUUGUAAAGAGUCUCUUAAGAAGAUCUUAGUUAGGGGAGAGUAUGAUGAAUUCGCUGGUGACGAUGAAAUGCAUUGCACUGCUCGUUUGGCUGAGUUUCUCGAUGAAUUCUCGAGUGCUCUUAUGAGUAAAGAUAAGCCUGAUGAUGAGGGUAAAGUCGAGGAUUUCUUAAUGGAAGAAAUUCAGAUUCUUGAAGAAGCGAAAGGGAUUCGCCUUCCGAAUUUUGUCCCUAGAGCAGCGUUUUUGAAUAUAUUGCAUAAGAAGAUCAGUGAGAUAUCUGCAAUGCCAGAGGAUUUUGGGUGCAGGGUUUGGGAUUAUGUUGAGAAAAUUGUUCUGAUUGUUGUAAGACAACAUUGUGAGAGCUACCCUCAGCUCGAACUGUCCACUCGAAGGGCUGCUCAGAAUUUGAUCUCCAAAAUGAAAGAUCAAACAAUGAAGAGAGUUAAAGAGAUGAUUGAAAUGGAGAAAAUUGGUGAUUAUACUUGUAACCCUGAGUAUAUGCUUAUAUGGAACAAAUUAAUGGGUUAUCAGACCGAGUUCACUGAAACCGUGGGUAAUCUGUAUAGAAGCCAUAUGGAUAUUGAAGGUAUAGGAAGAGUUUCAGUGGUGCAUCUAAGAAAGUUUAGUGAGAUUUUACAACCCGCAUUCGAUAUGAAAAUGAGAAUAAUGUCUUAUUGGAAGAUCGUAUUACGACGAUUAGUCGAUUUCAUGGCACUUCAUUUACUUAGGAGCCUCCAUAAUCUGGUAGAUAGGGAUCUUGAAAAUGCGAUUAUUAGUGAGCGGAUUGGUGGUGGCAUUGAAAAAUUGCUCGAGGAAUCGCCGACUGUGGCUAGGAAAAGAGAGAGGCUAACUAAGAGUGUGGAGCUGCUUAAGGAGUCCAAGGAUGUGGUUGCUGCUAUAAUGGACAGGAUUGCUUUAGCAGCUAAUGGGUCAUGUAAUGAAAUUCCAAUAUCUUAAUCUACAUCAUGUUAUGUUAUUAGUAUUAGUUCAUCCCAAAUUCCCAAUCUAAGCUACUAGUUUGCUUAAGGGUCUUUUGUCUUGUCUUUCCUUUUGUGCUCAUGUAAUUUCUAAGGUUACCAUUUAGGUAACUAUUUGUAGAUCUUGUGGUAAUGUAUGUGAGUUAUGAAGCUUUUAUGAGUUGUAUUGAAAUCAUUCCUAAUAGAGUAUUUAAGUUAAGGA